CUGAAGAUCCGACUCAACGAUUCUCUGUCAAUCUGUAGCUUCGUUUUCGCCGCCGUAAGAAUUUAAAUCAGCGCUCAAUGGAGACCACCGGCAAGGCAAAGAAGGGCGCCGGAGGAAGAAGAGGAGGCGAGAAGAAGAAGGCAGUUUCUCGCUCCGUCAAGGCCGGCCUGCAGUUCCCCGUCGGCCGUAUCGCUCGUUAUCUCAAAAAAGGAAGGUACGCUCAGCGAGUCGGCACCGGCGCUCCGGUUUACUUGGCCGCAGUAAUGGAGUAUUUAGCCGCUGAGGUUUUGGAGUUGGCCGGAAAUGCGGCACGAGACAACAAGAAGAACAGAAUCAUACCGAGGCACGUACUAUUGGCGAUCAGGAACGACGAAGAGCUCGGAAAAUUGCUCGCCGGCGUUACAAUCGCCAGUGGCGGCGUUCUUCCGAACAUCAACCCGGUUCUUCUGCCGAAGAAGACGGAUAAAGCCAUGAAAGAACCGAAAUCUCCAUCGAAGGCGGCUUAGACGGCCGAAUUGCAGAAUUUGUUGAAUCUGUAAUUUAUGAUCGUCUUUUGGAAAUCGUAGCGGAAGAAUUAGGGAUUUGAAUGCGAAUACUGUAUUCGUCAUAUCUUAUUUACGAAUUUACCGGCGAGGAAUCAACCAGAUGACUUGUUCUGUUCUCGCUUCUCUAGUUCUGCACAACCUUUAAAGUUCACAAAAUUUAAAACACAUGUUGGUAUAAAAUUAAUGAAUUUUUCGA